AUGUCUUCGAAAUUUCGAUCUCAAUGGCCUCAAUCCAACACCAUCAUCAGUGAAUCCUACACACCCCAAUUUUUCGAUGCAACAAUUCCUGAAGAUCGAGAAAAACUUGAUGCUUUAGUUGUAUCUGGCUCCGUAAAUACAAUUCACGAUAGUAUUCAAGAUCAAUUGGAGGAACUCAUCGAGGUGCGCUCACCAUGGCUGCGACUCAAAGGGGAAGCGUUGAACCAGCUCGUACUUGCGCACCUAGAUGGAACACCAAUUGACUUUUACGGAACCUAUGUUUUUUUUCCAUGGCGCAAGGAACUCUUACAUAUUCUCCCUAAGGAUGAGUUCAUUGAAGUGCGAACCAGCCGGAAUCGAUACAGGAUCACUCCUUCCGAGCAGACUCGCUUGAGCUCAAAGGGCGUCGGUGUCAUUGGUCUCUCUGUAGGAUCUGCCACUGCGCUGACUCUUGCAUUGGAAGGGGUUGGUGGCGAAUUGCGCAUUGCGGAUUUCGAUGUACUUUCAUUAUCUAACACCAAUCGACUCCGUUCACCAAUCAGUAACAUCGGAGUCAACAAAGCUGUUCUUUGCGCGCGAGAAAUGUACGAGAUCAACCCCUAUCUGAACAUCAAAGUCUUUCCAACUGGGCUGCAAGAGGGGAACUUCGAAGAGUUCUUGUCUAAUGGAAGAAAGUUGGAUCUGCUCAUUGAAGAGUGUGAUGAUUUGCCCAUGAAGGUGUUUGCACGUGAGCAAGCACGCAAGCAUGGCAUUCCGGUGAUUAUGGAGACGAGUGAUAAGGGUAUGCUUGAUGUCGAGCGUUUCGAUCAAGAGCCCAAACGGCCACUCUUCCAUGGUCUCAUGGGUGAUAUGGAUUCGAAGAGGAUUCGGGCCUUAGGUCCGAAAGAGAGGAUACCAUACCAGUUGAGGAUUGUGGGAACCAGGUAG